AUGGGUGACGGAAACUCCAUGAAGCGGUGCCGGUGCGUAGCUACCUGCCCCAUCUGCCUCUGCUAUUUCACAAGCCCAGUGCUGCUAAACUGUGGGCACAGCUUCUGCCAAACAUGCAUCACGAGGUGCUGGGAGCAGCCUGGCGCAACUGCCAGAUGCCCCGAGUGCAGAAAGGCUGUCGAGAGGACCUUCAGGCCCAACAGGUCUCUCUCAAACCUCGCUGAAAUACUCAAGGACUGGGACGUUUCUGCAGAGCGAGAGGCUCGAGAAAAACGGGACUCGGAAUGCCAGAGGCAUCGGCAACCGUGGGACUUGUUCUGCGAGGACGACCACGUCCCCUUCUGCGGAGAAUGUGCCAGUUCCCAAGAGCACAGGGGCCACAGAGUGGUCUCCGCAGAAGAAGCCGCCCAAGUAUACAAGGAGCACAUAGAGGGAGAGAAGGGAAAGGCCAUAGCCGAGUUCAAUCAACUGCACCAGUUCUUGGAGGAACAGGAGGAGCUUCUGCUGGAGAAAAUGCAAGAGGUGGAGGAGGAGAUUGCAAGGAAAAGGGAGGAGCACCUGGACGGGCUCUCCAGGGAUCUCAUACCCCUUGAAACUCUCAUCCUGGAGAUGGAAGUGAAGCUUCAGAGGCCAACCAGUGAAGUCCUGCAGAACAUUGGAAGUGUUUUGCAGAGGUUUGAGGAGAGAGGGGCAUUUGAGACACCAAUGGUUUUUUCUGUUCCUUUGAGAUGGAGGGCCUGGGACUUCAGCGAUGUGACCCCCUUUCUGGAACAUGUCAUACAGGAAUUCAAAUACACGCUAACAUCUGAUCUGAAAUAUUUGCAGAAAGCAAGAGUAACUCUGGAUCCAGUCACAGCUCACCCCCAGCUCAUUCUGUCUGAGGAUCGCCUGAGCGUGACGUGCGGCAAUGUUUGUCAAGAGGUGCCCGACCACCCGCAGAGAUUCAAGCAAAUGACUGCUGUGCUGGGAUGCGAGGGGUUUAGAACAGGCAGGUUCACCUGGGAGGUCACUGUGGGAAAUGAGGGAGAAUGGGCUGUGGGGGUUGCCAAAAGUACUGUGACGAGACAGGGAGCCUUUAGCUUUACGCCCAUGGAAGGGAUCUGGGCUAUGGGGAGGUGGGGAGGUCAGUACAGGGUCCUCCACGACCGCCAUUACCACCUGCCCCUAAGUGGGGAUCUGCGGAGGAUCCGAGUGACUCUGAACUGUACCGGGCAGCGAUUGGCCUUCUUCGAUGCCGAGAAAGGAAAUGCGCUUGUUAGCUUCACGGAAACUUCAUUCUGUGGAGAGCUUCUGCUCCCCUUCUUUUGGCUGCAAGAAAGGGCCAGCCUCACACUCUCUCCCUAG